GUACUGUAUGGUUCAUUUUGUUUUGGUUCGUGUUGCAUCUGGAUGGACGGAGUGUUUGCUGUUGAAAGGGAAGGGCUCGCGGUCAUAAUUAAUCUAUUCUGCUAGCUUACUGUCACGUUGCCAGAGGCUCUCAAAACUCCGCCUCUAAACUAGUGAUCACCUCCCCUGGUUGAGGAGCGCCUGCCCCUCUACUAUACGCUCCUCCUGUAUCCUGUGGCUAACGAUAUCGUUAGCAGCGAUCUAAAUUCAUCCAUGUCCGCCGAAGAAGGCUUGAGUUCAGCGAUCUCGGACUGGUUCAUCUUCAAUUCCUGGUGGCUGCUUCUGCCAUUCGUCAUGUUAUUGGUCGUCGCCGCAUUUAUCGUCGCCUUCGUACUAUUGCUGUACAUGAUAUCCCCGCUCAUUAGUCCUAAACCUCUCAAAUUAAACGGGGCCCACGUCGUGGUGACUGGCGGCUCCAGCGGAAUCGGAAAGUCCAUCGCGAUGGAGUGCUACCGGCAGGGCGCCUUCAUCACGCUGGUGGCGCGCGAUGAGAGUAAACUGGUUCAAGCCAAGAAAGAGGUUGAAAAGUGUGCUAUAAAUGACAAGCAGGUGGUGCUCUGCAUUUCUGUGGACGUGUCCAAGGACUACAGCCAAGUGGAGAGCGUCAUCAAGCAAGCCCAGGAGAAGCUGGGGCCCGUGGACAUGCUGGUGAACUGUGCCGGGACAUCCGUAUCUGCUAAGUUUGAGGAGGUGGAAGUGGACCGCUUCAGGAGAAUGAUGGAGGUGAACUACCUGGGCAGCGUGUACCCCACCCGCGCCGUCAUCACCACCAUGAAGGAGCGCAGGAUGGGCCGCAUCAUGUUCGUGUCCUCGCAGGCCGGCCAGAUCGGCCUGUUCGGCUACACCGCCUACUCCCCGUCCAAGUUCGCCCUGCGAGGCCUGGCCGAGUCCCUGCAGAUGGAGAUGAAGCCGUAUAACAUUUACGUGACCGUAGCCUAUCCACCAGACACAGACACUCCUGGCUUCGCGGAGGAGAACAAAUCAAAGCCCUUAGAGACGAAGAUGAUCUCGGAGACGUCAGGGAUCUGCCAGCCUGAGCAAGUGGCUAAAAUUGUGGUCAAGGAUGCAGUGCAAGGGAACUUCACCAGUUCUGUGGGGCCCGAUGGCUACAUGCUCUCUGCUCUCACCUGUGGAAUGUCACCUGUCACCUCUAUCACAGAGGGCCUUCAGCAGAUCGUGACGAUGGGUCUCUUCCGCACGAUCGCUCUCUUCUACCUGGGGAGCUUCGACAGCAUCGUGCGCCGCUGCAUGAUCCAGAGGGAGCAGUCCAAGGCUGUGGACAAGAGCGAGUAACCCCCCCCCCCUUUCUCCCGGCUCGCCCUGUCCCCCACCCCGACCGCCCAAAAUCCCCACCCCACGACCAACACCUCCAUACGAGAGGAGAAUCUAACCCAGCCUCAUCACCCACCCCCCUCCCCCUCCCAGCAAAUCCACACCCCACAGAAAUGAUGUCAGAGAGGGGCAGCAGGUUGAGACAGCAGGGAGGACAUGGUGGUGAUGAUGUCAUCGCAGGGCCACCUGCAUUCCACCUGACGUAGUCCAUCUUUAUCCGUGUUUUAGUUUCUGCCUUCCUCCUACAGGUGUCGAGCCUUCCACAGUCAGGAUUCGCCAUCCCAGAAAACUUCACCACUAAAAAAGCCAUGUCUUUAAAAGCCCACUGUUUUGCUCUGGUAUAAGCCUAUAGUGUGUCUGCCUUUUUCGCAUUCCCUGUGUACAGAAACGAGAAGGAUUUCUGCACGCAGAUCAGCGGCAGGCUGAGCUGUGCCGCGCGCGUGCGUCCCGCUUGCGCUUCUGUGUGUGUUGAGGGCCAGUGCAGUGACGUCCGGUGCGCUAACGUAACUGCUGUGCUGCUGUGCGUUUCGGUUCGGGUGUGUGCGUGUGCUUCAUAGGCGUAACCGGUUCCCCGCUCUGAAAGUAGGGGAGUGUAGAAGCGCGUGUGAGUGUGCCUCUUUCAUCACCAAUUUCACAGGCGUUCAACUUCGAGAAUCCGAAAAUACGGCUCAAUGUCGCUUGCGUAUACAACGUUGACUCUCUCCGCUCCCACGAAAUCCCCCCAAAAAAGCAGGUGCGAGAACGAAUCGACGGUUUGUGGUGGCUGAUUUAAAGAUAAAACGCAGAAGCGGAACUCGAGUUAACGGUAGGACAAAGCAGAAUUUCGGAAAGUGAUUAUUUUGCUUCGCAAAGUCUUUAAGGGGCGUGGCAUAUCACACGCUCAGGUUUUUUGUCUUGAAGUCGCGCAGAGGACAGAAAAAUGUACGGAGAUGAAUUCCCAGCAUCCCAUGGGAACAAAAUGGGGUCGGCCAGCAGACGGAAAACGUGAGUCGUCGCCUAUUCUGCACGCCUCUCCGAUGUUGACUUCCAGAAUCGGCUGGUCAUUCCAGUUCUUUGCGGGCAAAGAAUAAUUAGUAUUAUUUUUGUUGAUUUUGGUACUGUGUUUCUCCCGUAUGGCAGGCUGGUGUUUGUGCCGCUCUCAGGUCUUGUGGAGUGUGUCCGUUGGUACCGAGGGAGCAUGCUUGCUUGCUUGUUCAGAACGCAAAGCCUUUUCACGGAGCGCUGUCUCUGUUCCAGGAAUCUCUUUAUGACCGGUCCGGUGUGGGGACAGUUCUCUUUGACAGAUUGCUUUCCCGCUCAUGUGUAACUUACACGCACCUGUUUAUUGGGCCAGGGUGCAUUUGUGUAGAUGUUGCCAUGGAAACUUUCUCUUGGCCCCCUUGGGAGGGGUUGGGGAGGGGGGGGGGGCGUAUGUGGCGAGCAGCACGGUUUUAGACUCGCGGGUUCGAGUGCUGACCGUGCCGGCCCAGCGGGGGGCGCUGGAGAGCAGCUUAUUGGUCAGCGCGUGGUGUUCCAGGUGGUCUUUCCAAAUCCAUUCGCUGUUCUGUGCUCCCCCCAUCCCCCCCCGACCUCUACCCUCCGCUGCACACGGUCCAACUAAAUACAUAAACAAUCAAACAAUUUUCAAAAUGAUGUCAGUUCAUUCUAGUCUUCCUUUUUAGUCUUCUUCCUUGUGUCACCUUUUGAGAAGAAUGUACUGCAGUACUAACCUUGUCGUUCAGAAAGGAAGCCGCCACACCAUUGUCUGAAUGCCAAAAUAUACUACAAAAAUCGAGUCAAUGCAAUGCAACUGUAUUUGAAUUUUGCUGCUUGUUUUAUCCUAGAACUAGUUUGUAAUUAAGCCAGGCACUAAAGCAGGGCCCAUUCUAAGCCUUAAGAGAUACCUGCGGAUUGCGUUAAUGCUAAAAGAGUGGGUUCGUCCAGCGUACACAACCGUGGCUUAGUUUGCUUAUCGUUUGCGAGUUGCUUUGUUUCCAGAAAUGUCAACGGCAGUUGUUUUCAUUUGUGUUUUGUACAAAUUACCUUGCGUCAACCGGUGGAAUGACGGUGAGACCACAUGACUCGAUAAGACGAUGCUCUCAUCUGACUUAGGCUUGAGGUUCUGUCCAGAACAUGGUUGACGGUGCGCAGAUUAUUGUCAUAUUUCCGAUAUGUGUAUAUUUCAAAUCUGAUUUUCAUACUCUCACCAUUAGGUUAAACUGUAGCAACAAGUAGUUCAUAGUAGUUUGAUAUGUAGCUUAUUGACAAGCAAUUUGUUUUUAGUUUUAACAGUUUUUAAGCUAUGCAAAUUAAGCCUAUGUUUCGAUCUAUUCAAACAAAAUUACAUGUGAACUCUAAUGCUGAGCACUAGUUCCAGGAGUUGUUGAUGUUCUGUUGGAAGAUGUAUAAGAAUGAAAUGGCCUAUAAUUUGUAUGUGUUGAAACUGACCAGAAUAAAUUCCGUUCAUGUUUUUUCUUUAUUUUCUUUUGUUUUAUUUUGCCAAUCUUGUAAGAAUUUCACCUUGUGUGCCAUUUUAAAGAGGAAAAUGAAGAGUGGAAUGAUGUUACUGUCUUAUUUUUCUUACAUGAAAAAACAGAACAAAAUAAACAACUGGAAAAUUU